CUUAAUCGCUGAGAUUCUAGCCCUCUCGAAGUUGACCUUCUCCUCUAUGGUGAGGCUGAACCAGUCUAGUGAAUCCUGCAUACAGUACUACUAACCACUCUUUAGAGUGAGGAGAAAAAAGUGUGCAAUCCUCUGUUAAAACAUCUCUGAUCCAGAGUUCGGCCCAUCGUCCAGACGCUCUUUCUCAGGACCAAUGUGAGGCUGCGUUCUGAGAAACCACCGCACUCACCGUAUGUUUGUGUGGUUGUUUACUUUCCGGGGUGUCGUUGGUUUAGAGCUCAGGGGUGACCCGGCACCGCCCUGGGAGCUUGUGAGCUUCGGACAGCGCGCCUUUUCUUCGGCAAACACCACCAGAACAGCUACCGGCCACCCAUCCAAUCUGCUUCGAGCAGUGUCUGCGAGCACCGCAAACAGCAGUUGGAAGCAGGAGGCAGGAAGUGGCGCUUACUCCAUCAACUGCAGGAGGAGCAGAAGAAGAAAUGAAGGACAUAAUUAUAUACCAAAUGCAAGGAACAUAUCUUUAUUUGUUCUGCUCCUUCGGCUCGCUGACCGUUGUCGCGAAAUCGGUUCCGCCCCCUCUCCGAUUGCGCUCAGAUGGAGGGAAGCGAAAGCGAAAAAGCAAACAGAGUUCUCGAUGCUCAGCCCCUAUCCUUUUUCGAUAUGCGGGCCUUUCGGCCUUUUCAUCCUUUCCUCUUGGUGUCCCUCUUCUGGCUCGAAAUACAUAGUUCAGUGUUGUCCAACCGGUGUUUCGUAUUAUGAGUCGCGCCGCGGUUGUAAGCUCAUGUUCAUCCAUUUAAAUUAUCGCGUCUUGCACGAACGCACGUGCGGGACGCGGUGGUGUUCUUCGGUUUCACUGCCUUAGGUUCUCCUAUACCGUGCGUCUUGACCAGAACUUCGAGUCGCCCAGCACACAUUUGGUCUAGGGCGGGACCGGCGUAAUGAUCCUCUGUCGCGCCUAAUCUGGGAAAUGAAUAUCGGGAGAUCGA